UCAGGAGGCGGCCAUUUCUAACGAACGGGAGCUAGGGGCGGAAGAUGGCGGAGGCUCUGCAGAAUUUUCUGGAGGACGAGAAUACAGUGUCUUUCGCCUUCCGACAACUUCGGGACGUAAUUGGGUCUCAGGAGCAAGUGAUCCACCGGCUGAAAAGCACGAUGGCCAUCCAGGAAGAGAAAUUUGUGAGUAAAGAAGAGUACGAAGCUGUGGUAAAGAAGCUGGAGGAGGAAAAGGCAGCCCAUGCCCAGACCAAGGGCUUAUUGGCCAAAGAGACAGAAAAAUUACAGUUUGCUCUUGGACAGGUGGAGGUGCUGUCCAAGCAACUGGAGAGAGAGAAGCAAGCUUUUGAAAAGGCGUUAUCCAGUGUCAAAAACAAAGUUCUGACAGAGUCCACCAAGAAGGACAAGCUUAUCACCAAGUGCAAUGAAAUUGAAAAUCACAUUAUAAAGCAAGAAGAUAUUCUUAAUGGGAAAGAAAAUGAAAUUAAGGAACUACAGAACGUCAUCAGCCACCAGAAACAGAUCUUCAGGCAUCAGAUAUCGGACUUCCGGAUUCAGAAGCAGCAAGAGAAUUACAUGGCCCAAGUGCUGGACAGGAAGCAAAAGAAGGCAGGCGGGCUGCUCUCCACCCGGGGCUUCAAGGGACUUGGAGACAAAUAAAUCUGCUUCCACUUACGUCUUUUCUCGGUCCUGACCUAAGAGCUCUCUCCUAGGCCUAUUACAAUAGUCCCUCAACCUUUCCCCUUUUACUGGAUUUAUCCACUUAAGUUGGGCUCAAUCCGACCCUGCCAGGAUGGUCAAGGAACCUCACUUUAGCCUCCUUUCCUCUCCCUGGUUCCCCUUGGGAAGGAGAUCUUAAGCAGACGGCAGGCCCUUCCUGACCAGGCCUGGGAAGCAUGCGUGGGAUAGAGGGUGGGGCUAAUAGGACAUGACCUGAUUCUGGCAUUCGCCCCUGCACCUGCCACACUGGACCCAGCACUCAGAGCUCAAACAGAAA